GCCACUUCAUGCUGCUAUGUCGAAAGGGCCAUUAUUAUUAUUAUUUCUAAUAGUAAAAGGGAAAGGGAGAGAGGUUGAGAGAGAGAGAGAAGCUAGGUAUGAUGAUGACGGACUAGCCUUUCUGAGAGGAAAAGGAAAGGGGAAGGGAGAGAAAAAGGAGAGACCCUGAGCUGAACGAAGGAUUGUGCCUGAGAAGAACCUAUGGAGUUUCAUUUUUGGAGGCGGCGCAGGAAAGCUCAGCUUCCAGUCCGAUGGGGAGAAGCGACGAUCAGCAUAAACGACAGAGUUACAGUCUCUAGAUCUGGUGUAUCGCUUCCUGCCCCCGCCUCCCCUCCCCGCCCCGGUUCUGCGUCCUCUGUUGAAACACCUCGCCCAGCCCCGCGCCCUGCGAGCUCGCAGUCCCCCCCCUCGCUCGGAUGCUGCUCCGGGAGGCCGUGCGGCCCGGCUCCACGUCCAACGGGAAUGUCUCCGCAGUGAAAAGACAGACUGCAGAGAUUGCUAUAUUCAUGGAACCGCAAGCCAACUAUGAAGUUGCAACAAAGAAAGUGAUCACCUGAAGACAUCUCUCCUGCUAAGCAACACACUCAAAGGGUGCAGUUUCAGCCAGUAGAACUCUCAGAACAAGAGGCAAUCUUUUCAAGAGACAGAAAAACUUAAUAAUGACCUCUAGAUUUCUAAUGAGCCAAGAACUUUCCCUUCCUCAUGUGUAUUCCUCUGUUUGUAUUUAAAUUCAUGUGACAUUUAUUUUUUUCCUAGUACAGACAUGCUUCUUAAUGCCCUAGUUUUAAAAUCUAAAAUUGCACAAAUAUCUUAACAUUUUAAGAAACAAAAUUAAUGCUAUAAGAAGAAUGAUUUUUAGCCACACAAAGAGUUUGAUCUCAACAGUGACCUAAAGAAUAAAAAGUACUUUUGAAAUAACAAAGAAGUCAGAGGCAAUUGAAAGGAUAAAGCAGUGGUAGAAACUCAUACUGCAACAUAGAAAUACAUUUUUUGACCCGACACUAACCAAUCAACCACUGUUUUUAUCAAGCAAGCUUUGUUCCCUGAGAUAUGGUCACUGUUUCUAAAGAGCUUAAAUCUAGUAUACAGAAUUAUGUGAACUUUUGAAAGAUAAGUAAUAGAUCAGGUCAGUAGAUGCUAAGAGCAAAAACAAAACAGAACAAAACAAGAUGUAAACAAUGAGCUCAGAGAGGUUCUCUGUAAGGUAGGUAAAAUCAGCUUAUUUAAGGAAGAAAUUUCACAAAAGAGAAAAAUAUGAGAUGAAUCUUGAAGGAUGCCAAAAGUUUAGAUAAAUGGGAAGAAGGAAAAAAUAGGGUCCUUUAGGUGGAUGUCCUAGAAAGCCAUAGAGGAAGAAAUCCACAUGGUGAGUUUAGGCAAUUAUGAAUACACACGUCUUUACCCCAGACGUUCAGUACCUCUCUGAAUAUAUCUGGUAAAGACUUUGCACAUACACCUCCCCUUUCCCACCCCAGCUGUCACCUAGAAUUAUAAUCAUAUUCCUUUGCCAUUAAAGCAAGUGAUGAUGAUUGGUGAUAAUAUGGACAAUUUGUGAUUUUUCUGUAAACCUAAUAAUAAUCAGUAUUUCCUGAGUUCUCACUAUAUAUUGAGCAUUUUGCAUAAUAACUCACUUAAGCCUCACAACAACUAUGCAAGAUGUAUAUUAUUACUUCCAUUUUACUGGCAAGAAAACUGAGGUUUAAUGAGGCUAAGUGACUUGCCAAAGUGCCACAUACAGUGUUCACAUUCGGGAUUGCAAUUAGGAAGCUCGUGAUCUAAAGCACUGUCAUAAUGUUGUGAUCAGCGUCACAAUGUUACCACGAUUUUCUGUAUUCCUUGAUAUUUUUCUGU